AUGUCGAGGGCCGGGGAGAAACCGAGCUACGCUCAGACGUACAAGCUCGUAGUCGUCGGCGCGGGUGGCGUCGGAAAAUCGGCAAUCACGAUACAAUUCAUUCAAAGUUACUUCGUAACCGAUUACGAUCCGACGAUCGAGGACUCUUACACGCAACAAUGCGUGAUCGACGACGUACCUGCGAAACUUGAUAUACUGGACACAGCGGGGCAGGAAGAAUUCAGCGCGAUGCGAGAACAAUACAUGAGGAGCGGAGAAGGUUUCCUGCUGGUCUUCUCGAUAACAGACUUAUCGUCCUUUGACGAGAUAUUGAAGUUUCACAAGCAGAUCCUUCGAGUGAAGGAUCGCGAGGAAUUCCCGAUGCUCAUGGUUGGGAACAAGGCCGAUCUAGAUUAUCACAGAGUUGUACAAGUGGAGGACGCGCAGAACCGAGCUCGUAGAUUGAAAAUACCUUAUAUAGAGUGCAGCGCGAAGCUGCGUAUGAACGUCGACCAAGCUUUCCACGAGCUGGUUAGAAUCGUUCGGAAGUUCCAGCUGUCCGAGAGGCCGCCGUUAGAAUUGAAUUAUAAGAAGAACAAGAAGAAAUGCUGCAUGCUGUAAUAUGCCGAUGUGUUCAUAUCCAACGAAUCUCGUAUCCGUUUAAAGUGGUACAAAAUAAUCGAAUCGAGGUAGAAUCGGGGAACCAAUUAAUCUAUGCCAGGGAUGGGGAACCUUUUUUUAUAUGAAAGGGUAUACGUAUUUUCUGAAAUAGUAGCAAGACUGCAUCAAUUUUUCCAACCAUAAGUUACAGAGUAAAACAAUUUACAAUAAAAUGAUUCAUAAUGUUUUCAUAAUAAUUCAUCUAUCUUCGUUUUGUAUCAACACAAAAUUUAAAAAACGUAACAACUGGACUGCGGUUUUUUAUGAGACGCCUGUGACAUCAAUGAAAAAAAUUAAAUCAGGAUUUAAAUUCCUUUUACGAUUUAUGAUAUUCUUUAUUUAUGUUAACAGAAAAUCUUUUCAUUUUCAAAAAUAAUGACGUAUAUUAUAAUUUUAAUAUUCUGUACAAUUCUGCACAUUGCGUAUUUAUGUUUUCUGCGCGUCUGAAUUUUUUUUACAAAUGCAUAAAGUCCGCAUUCUGGGAAUAAUUUUCCAAAUUGUUAUUGAAGUCAAAUUACAAUUGUUUUACAUUCACUCUGUAUUAUUCAUGACUAUAGAAAAAAAACUGCAGGAAAAAUUGUACUAUUUUAGAAAAUAAUAUUUAAGACAGUAAAUGGAUCUCCAUUUUAUAAGUAAGGAACACACAGAAAAUAUAAGAAGGCCACAGGUUCCCCAUCUCAAAUCUAUAAGAUUGUCAAGAUCAGAAUUAUUUCAAAUCGAAAUUUUUACGCACGACGCGAAAUUCGCGGGUUUCCCACCUCUGAUCCAUGAGAUUGUUGAGAUACCAUUAGAAUUAUUUCAAAUUGCCUGAAAUCUUCACGCACAACGCGAAACGCCGCCUUCAAAUAUCUCGAAUAAUAUUUCAAAUACCUUCGCUCGAUUACGAAACGAAUUAAUAGAAUAGUAUUUACAAAAUGUGUAGGAAGUUCGUAUAACUUUGAGUACAUUAGGAGGA